CGUUAACCGCCUACAAUGGCAUGAUGGCGCCAGCAUUACCAUAUAGUUCAUACAAAUGAAAAAAUUCAAUCGAUAACAAGAUAAGGUGUUGUCCGUCAUUACUAUCACACGUUCGCCGUUUGGUUAGUCGUUUCACGAUCACCGUUGAUAAAUAAUGCUCAACAUUGACCAUUUUGCAUAGACAAGACACAAAUACCUGCUUUUACCUAUAGCGAUAUCAUAUUCGAUAUUUAAUCUUACACACAUAUAUUACAACAUUAGAAAAUAAUAUUCAAACAAUAAUAAUUGUAUUAACGACAUGGCGACGUAAAAUAUACUAAUUGAAUAAUACCCAUGGCAAAAUGUGACAUAAGAGAAAUGUGCAUCACUGAAGGACUCGCAGGUACGUAUUACACAUGCAUUAAAAUAUUAAACAUAUCUUUUACGUGAAUAUCGAGUCAAAAAUGAUAAUAAAUAGGUGCGUAGAUAUUGACAAUUGAAAACUGAAAGAUGAGUUGAAUUUUUUGUUUAAUUUAUAUGUUUAUCGAUACUGUAAGUGAUGUUUUCUUCUCUUACUAGUGCAUAAUGAUUGCUUGAAACAAUACCUUUGUACGUUUGUACGUGCCCCAGAUAAAAAAAAAAAAUUAUAAAAGUGUCUUUAAAAUAUAUUUAUUUUUAUUUUUUUGAAAUAUAUUGAUUUUAUUUUAAAGGUGAAGCAGAUCAGUGAUGUCGAACAUUAGAAAAACCAAAUAUAUGACUGCCAAUGAUUAUACCUGAAUAUUUCUAUGGUUGUUUCUAAUAGUAAUAUGUUGCCAACUGUGAAGGAAGAAUUAUCUGUUGACGUGUUUCAACCACACGUUAAUGUGGAUGAAAUACCACUAUUGCCAGUGAUAGUUUCUGGACCAUUAACAUUUCCAGGCAGUCCUAUGAUAUCCAAGAAACAGACUCUCAAAUCUUUCAUUGAUGUCCAAAACCUUCUUAUUGCAGGCUAUCAAAAGGACGUGAAGAAAAUACUUCGCAAUAAUUGUUGGCCCAGUAAUCAUCCAAUUAGGUCACAGUUGUGGCCAGCUCUUUGCAAACAACAUGCUUCUGACAAUACCAACAAUAUGCAAGAGGGGUUUUACUGGGAGCUUGUUGUACAACUGUUUGGAUCUACUGGUAAAUAAAUAUUUUUAUAACAUUUGUUACCUAUUAAAAUACAUGCAAUUUUAUAAUUAGUAUAUUAAUUUUAGUACUUAAAUAAAAUAAUUUAAUUAAAACAUUAAACAAAUAUUAUAUAAAUAGAAUUAGAUCGAAAUGUAUAUUUUUAGGAAGAUCAAAGGUACCAGCAUGAACAUUUUGAUUAAAUCAUCAACAUUUUUUUAUUUGAAUAGAAUUGCUAAUUUGUAGCACCAGGUUCCAAAUUAUAUAUUUUUUAAGCUAUUUUGACUUGUACAAUUUUCUUUUCUUCAAUUAUUGAUUUAGUUCCAUUUAAUCUGUUCACUGCGGUUGUUAUAUUUUAUCGCUGUUCCCUUAUCGUAUUUGUUGAAUAUGCUAUGUGAUUUUUGUCAAGCAAAUGUCUCUCCGACAAGUAAAAUAAUUUGUUCAACUUGUAAUAAAUACAGUAAAAUUUCCCUUAAUGGACACCUACGGGAAUGGGGAUAUUUUCACUAUUACAAUAUAGGAAAACCUCUAAAUACCAGAUACUCUAAAUAACAGACACUUUUUAACAUAUUAAUAUUGAUCAUUUUUAAUUAAGAAUAAUUGUAGAAUUUAAUUAACUAAUUAAAUAAAAAUACAAUUUCUCCCUAUAAAUAAUGGAUACCCCUAAAUAGCAGACAAAAUGUCCAGUAUUUAGAAGUUUAACUGUAUUUUCAAUGAAAAUUUAUUUUAAUAAAAAACACGUCUGAUCCUAAAAGUUGGAAGUGGGUGUAUGUUAAAUGUGAUUAAAAAAAAAUUAUUUAAAAAAUUUUACUGCUAGAAAACAUAUUUCUUCCAACAGUACUAAUAAAUACUACUAAAUAAGUACUAUUCUUAUUUUGUAUAAUGAUAGUUUGAUGUUAAAAGAGCUGAUAUUCUUGUUUUAAUGAAAAUAUUUGAUUCAAUUUUUAAAACCAACAUAAAAAUUGAAUUUUAAAUGAAAUUAAGUUUCAUGUUAAAAAAAACAUUUUAAAGCAAAUCAAAUACUAUUUUUAAAAUUGUAUUUAUUUUAAUCAUGAACCUUUUUUUGUUGCCUUUUUUGAUUUAAUUUAUAACUGUAUCAUCACCAAAACUUUUAAACUUUUAAGGAAUUAAGGAAUUUUAAUUUUUGGCAGUUUUUUUGCUGUAAUUCUGUUAUAAAUAGACUUAAAGACUUGAAACUUGGAAUACUUAUACUGAACUUACCUAGAUGUGGUAAAAUUUCCAAAAUUAUCAGAUGACCUUUUUUUAAUAAGCUUUUUGAAAUCAAAUUUAAAUGAAAAUCGCAAAAAUGAUAUAUAACUAAACCGCUCUGAAUUGUCUUUCGUCAAGCAACGGUUUAUUGUUGCUUACAGAUAUAAAUGAAAUAACCUUAUGUAUCUUACCUUCCCAACUUCUCAUCUACAAUAAAUGCCUCUUCCAUCUCCAGUAUCAGCUCUUUUUUUCAAUUUCAAUCUAAUACAAAAUGUUUAAUUCAACUUUGCUCUAAAUAAUUUUUGUUUACAAUGAUUUAUAAAUUAAAUUACUCUGUUAAGUUCUAUCACUAUAAUUUCCCACCUAUGUCCUACAAUAGUUGCUAAACCUAACACUAUAACCUUAUACACUAAUAUAUAAGGAACAUAGUGACAUUGUACAAAAUAAUCACAAUGGACUGGCUUUUUUGUAAACAGAAUUUAAGGAAUAUUAUUUUAUUUUUAUGUUAAUUAUAAAUACAUUUUAGAUUUUAAGUGGAGCGAAGAAACUUAUAUAUCGUUUUACAAAGAUGUUUCUUUUAUUACCUUUUUUGUGGACAAUUUUUCUAUCAUCAAUUUUGUUCCAACAUAUUGUGAUAGUAAUUUUUCUGAAAGAAAAUUUCACUGGGGUGGUUGUUUAUCGAUUUUCUCCGAAGUUUUCUCAGCAAAUAUGAAAAACUGGGAAAAAACACGGGUUAACCAGGAAAAUAAAAGGAAAUCUGUACAACAUUAAAUAGACAUUAUUAUCAAAAAUAUAUAGAGCCUGUUUAACAACAGGUUUAAAACCAAUAGAAUUAUUAUAAAGUAUAUUAUAGAAAUAUAAAUAAAUAUAUUUUAUUCAAUUUUAAUUAAUAAAUUUAAAUAAAAAAUGUGACACGAAAAAACCAUAUGUAACAAUAAGUAAAUACUUUUAAAUGAACUUCUUGUUAAAUAUUUAAGCAUUUCUGUUUAGUCUAAAAUUUGUAUUCACAGGUACUUUAUGAUUGAAAAUAAUAUAAAUAAAAACUCUCAAAAUUAAAAUGUCUAUAAAUAUAAUUUUUCAAAUGUUUUGAAAGUUUUCUGUCAACAUUUUAAAUCUACAAAUAUUUUAAACUAAAUUAUAUUAAAAAAAAGUUUAAAAUAUUAAUAGAAUUAUUCUCAUAUGUUUCUCUACCCCUGUUCUUUUUACUAUUUUUCUGUUUUGUCAAAUUAUUAAAAAAACCGCAAAGAAAAUCAAAAACUUACUUUCUUGGUUACCAACUGGAUUAAAAAUUCAAUAAAAAAGAUCUCUAUUGUUUUUCUAUUGGACAUUAUUUUUAUCUAUUUAAUAUUUCUGUUAGAAAAUUAAAACUGUAAAAAUUUACAAUAAUAAAAUUGUACCACAGUAAAUUAUUAUCAAUUUUAUCAAUUAUUAUGAAAACUACUUAAAAAAUGAUAAUUACCCUAUUUAGCAAUUAUAUUCAAAAUGUAACAAAAAAGAUAAUUAGGCAUUGUUUAAUCAACCCAAUACUUCUGGUAGAAAACAGUUCCUAAAAAUGAAAACUAUUUAUUGUUUUUAUGAUAAUUUUUUUCCCAUUAUUAUUAAAACCCUUUGAAAAAUCAAAAAAUGACUUCCUUAAUGCACCAACUAGAUAAAAUUUAGUUUAGAGAAAAGUGUAAAGACAAGAUUUCUGGUAAAAAAAGGUGCUCAUGGUCACAAAAAAAAAAAAUAAAUAAAUAAAUAAAUUGCGCAUAGUAAUCCUACACUACUCUCUGAUUUUAAAAUAAUUCUAAAUGAACUAUGGUUAAUAUUAAUUGGAUUGCACAUCCAUGAAAUUUAUUCAUAUGGCCUCAAAGUUUGAGGAUAGAUUUUUUUUACUAUAUAGCACAAGAUAGACUCCAAGGUGACUCACAUUAAAUGUUUAAAUUGACAAAAUAAAGACCAUUUUAAUAUAAUUAUAUAGUAAAAUAACAACAUGAAUCUUUGAGUUUUAUAAAUGUGUAAAUAUUACCAGUUUCAGUUUAAAAGAAAUCAUGAUAGAACUGGCAAUAAAAGAGCAAAGGCAAUACUCCACUGAAUAUAAAAUUAAAAUGAGAAAUAAGUAUUUUACAAAUUUAUUAUAUUUGACAUAGGGAAGUUAGGAUAAAUUCUAUCAGAAGUGAUUGUAAAAUGUAAUACAUAUGUACAUAGGUUUAAGAUAUUUUAUUUAUUGUCUAAAAUUUAUUAAUGUAGAAUAUUCUUUUUAAAAUCUGCAUGUAUAUUCAAGAUGGUAGUUAAAUUACUAUAAAUAUCGGAGGAGGUAGGUUACUAUAUUAUGUGUUUUUUUUUUCAAAAAUAAAUUCUCUGCCUGUAAACAACUUCUAUGAAAAAUCAUGCUCUAACCAAAAAUUAAUAGAGACCUUUUUUGAUGCAUUUUGAAUAUGGUUGGUGCAUUAGAGUGGUUAUUUUUAAAUUUUCCUAUUAGUUUUCAUAUAAAAUGGAAAAAAAACAGAAAAAACAUAGAAAAUAAAGGUAUUGUUACAACAUUAAUAUUUUUGUUAUUUUCAAUUUUGGUUUUUUUGGUAAAAAUUUCCAUAGAAAAAAUAUUUUUCAGAUACUGUACAAUUUUCAAAACUUUUUAAAAAAUAUUGGUGGUUUAUGUUUGGAAUUUUUUAUUAUUUGUUUUUUAUAUUUUAUAUUUGUUCUGUGGAUAAAAAGGUUUGAUUAAAAACAAAUAGUUGACAACUUAAUUUGAUGUCCAUUAAAAGUUAAAAUUAAAUGGCCAAAAAAAGAAAAGGUCAGCCUAAUGUAGUAUUUUUGUUUUUAUAUAUAUAAUGGUUUUAAGACCAAAUUUUGAUAAAAUAUUUACAAAUACAUAUUUUACAUCAUUUAAAAUCAUGUAUAUAAACUAAACUUCACCCUCAAUCAUAUUCAUUAGUAAUAGUUUUUCAUUGCUUAUAGUUAUAAAUUAAACCAAUUUAUUUAUCCUAACUCUCCAACUUCCCACCUACAAUAGUGGUGCAUCUCUUAGCAGUAUCAGCUGUUUUUUCUCUACUGUUAAAGCUUUUAGAUAUUAAAAACUAUUAAACAAUUAUAUAUUAUACAUUUUAUAUUUUUAUCCUAUGUCCAUGGUUUAUUAACAUACAUUACAGUUUUUAUUUUAAAUAUUUGUUGAAUUUGAUUAGAUCUUCCAGAUAAACAAAUUAUCUUACCAACCUUUGUUGAAAAUAAACAUUUAUACUCUCAUCAUCUUAAUUCAUCUGGCAAAAAUAUUACUGAUCGCAUUGUUUGUGUACUGGGAUAUGCUUGUCCAGAUAUCACAUAUAGUCCUGCAAUUUAUGUGUUAACUGCGUUGUUACUUCAUUUUAUGCCAGGUAUGAUUGUUACAUUAUAAUUUUACUCUACUAAGAGAUAUUUUUUAUUACAUAUGUGUAAUGUAUUUUAUAUUAUUUAUAUCUUUUUCAGAAGAAGAAUGCUAUACUUGCUUAGCAAGUUUAGUAUCCUCUAAACAAUUAAUAUUUGUUACUCAAACAAAACUAUUGUAUGAAGUUACAUGGAAAACAGUUAUGCAAAUUUCUAGAAAACAUGUUGUGAGUAAAAACCCUAACAGUUAUAUAAACUGAAAUCAUAUACAUAAAAAAAUAAUUAUUUUUUAGAAAUCGGCUGUGGAUUACAUUGGAAAACACUGUCCAAUUCAAAGAUCAGAAAAUAUAUAUUCAAAUUGGAUUUGGUUAAUAUUUCAAGGACUUUCAUUCCACCAUGUUGUUAGUCUGAUAUAAUAAAAUCAAAUUAUAGAUCAAUAUAAUUUUUUUAUUUUUAAAUGUUUAUUUUGUAGGUGCGGGUAAUGGAUUGCUAUUUACAUGAAGGGGCUAAAGUUUUAUACCGUGUGACAAUGGCUAUUUUAAUACUUUUUUAUAAAUAUUCAUCACCAAGCAAUUCAAUUUGGGCUGACGAAAUAAAUAAACAUGGAAUUGAUACAGCUCUGAUGAACUUUUGUCGUAAAAUUCCUGUAAUAAAUCUAUUAAGUGUAUAUUUUAAUAUAAUAAUUGUUAUUUAUGUUGACAAAUAUAUUGUUUUAGGUUAAUCCUCAAAAAUUGCUUCAAAUUGCAUUUAAAAUACGUGGCCUUAAUUCGGCAUAUAUUCAUAGAGUUUUUUUAAAAACUGAAAUGUUUCUAAAAAGUAAAUCUGUUCUUUCUGGUUCAAACAAAUUAAAUCGUUCUUGUUCUAUUGGCAAUUUAACUUCUAGUCAAUCUCAGACAAACAUUCAGAUGAUAUCAAAUACUCUAACCAUCCGCGGGGUAAGUUAUAUAUUUCAUUUAUAAUUUAGAAUAGUAAACCUCAUAAUUAUUAACUAUAUAAAAUGUAUUAUUGUUGUUUUUAAAAUAAUUAAUAUUAUUCUUAAAAAUGACAUAAUACCUAUUAUAAAAACAUAAAUUAACUAUAUUAGAACUAACUGUGUAAUAAUUAGCUUUUGUAAAUUAUUUAAAACUUACAAUUGAUUAAAACCUUUUAAACAUUUCAUCUUGGUAAAAAAAUAUUAUUUUGUAUUUUUGUUAUAUUUUCCUGAAUUGAAUAAACAAUUGCUUCAUAGAUUUAUAUGUUCUAACAAACUAUCUGUAAUAAAAUAAUUUUUAAGACUAUUACAGAAAUAAUCAAUUUAUUAUUUUGUGACACAAUGCACUUGUUUUAAAGUUAUUGUAUAUCUGCAAUAUACUUUAUAUUACAUUUCAUUGAAAUUUUAUUUUGAUUGUGUGUCAAACAAUCUAGUAUUAUGUUUAAAAUAAUAAAAGAUUGUAUAAAACAUUAUAAAUUAUAAUACUCAAGGUUACAUUUUUAAUUUAUAUUUUUUUAGUUUAUAAUUUAAAAUAAUAAUUCUUAAUAUUAUAUUAAUUGUCAGGUUAUGUAUGUUUGCAAGUUAAAUAUUAUAUAGAUAAUAUUAUCUGUUAAUAUAGUUAAUCUAAGUAAAAUGUAUAUAAUGUAACUUAAUAUUUCAUGAUAUAAAUGGUAAGUUAUUAUUAUACACAUUUAGUUGAUAGCUAAAUAUAUUUUUAAAUAAGAGUAAACUUGUAUGUUAUUAAUAAAAUUCAGGGACAACAUUCACCCAGUCCAAGAACUUCCACCAUGGCGAGUUAUCCAAUUAAAAAUAUCAGAUCUUUGAUAGCAAGCCCUCAAGAUGUAAGUUAACUAUCUGAAAAACUGCAGCUGGAUCCAGAUAUUAUAAUUUCAAGAUUUCGUUUUUUUUUUUUUUUGCAAAUCCUUUAAAUUUAUAUAUAUAUAUAUAUUUAUGUAUAUAUAUAUAUAUAUAUAUAUAUUUCUUUAUCCUAGCUUUUUCUGUUUAUUUUUUCUGUACACGCAUUUAGCUUUAUUUAUUAAUUCUUUUUUAGAGUUCUAGAGAAUAUUUUUGGACUAUCUUAGAGCAGCUAUUUGGUUUUAUUUUAAUUUUGCAAUAAAUACAAUACAUAUUUUAUUCUUUAUCAGUCAAAAAAGUAAAUAGAAAAAUUAUCAUUAUAUAUGUAACAAUUUGGACACUUCCCUAUAAUAUAUAUAUAUAUAUAUAGAACUUUUUUUUUUUAUUCAAUGCAUAAUUGUUUAUUAGUUUGGACUUGAUUAAUGAAACUCCUGUUAUCUAGAAAUUAUUUUGGUGUUUUAAAUAAUUGGUCUUAAAUAAAAAUUAAAUAAUACCUAUGUAUUAAAGAAAUAAUUAAAAUUUGAAUGUUAAAUACAUGGACAAAAAAAAAAUAAACUUAUAUGCACAUAAAUAUUAUAUGAUUUAAAAUAAUUAAAUAAUUAUAACAAUAUUUAUAGCUCAAUAUUAUUUUAAAUUGUAUAACUUAUUUAUAUGAUUAUUUUUUUAUUUUUUUUUUUCAAUAAUAUCUAGAUACUAUAAUAGCACUAUUUUUUUAGCAUAUUACUAAGUAAUUAAUUUGAUAUAGUUCUUAUUCUUUAUAUAUCUAAAUAAUUAUAUUAAAUAAGAUCUUCAAAAUAUUAUUUAAAAAUUAUUGUUUUCUUAAUAAAUUGCAUGCAUAUUGAUAUUUAUAAUAAUUAGUUAUGUGCCUAGGUUUGGUCAACACAAUAAAUAUGUCUUGUAAAAUAUGUAUUUUAGAAACUGUACAGUACCCAAACAACAUGAUUAAAGUAGUGUGACUUUUUGUCUAGUAUUUAUGCACUGACUUUUAAUAAUUGUUUGGGUUUUAUUACCUAAUUAUUUUGGGUUGUAAGGGUUUACAAUGUAUUUUAAUAUUAUAAUUAUAGCAUUUAUUUUUGUUAAAAGCACUUUAAAAAUUCAGUUUUUUUAAAUUAAUCAUCUUGUUGAUUUUAGCUUAUUAUACUAUGGUCUUGGUUGCCAGUGAGAAUAACAAUGUACCAACCUAUACUUCUCUAUACAUCUGAAGAACAUGGAUGUAGUUUGACUACAUUUUAUGUCCGAGUUGAACAUCAUGAACCAACCAUUCUAUUAAUAAAAACUUGCAAUAAUGAGGUAAACAAUAGUUAUGGGUUUAUUACUAUUUCACAUUAUUAAAAUAUUUUAUUAUCAAGAUAUUUGGAGCAUAUUGUUCUUCUAAGUGGAUUGAGCGAAAUAAAAAAGACCAAUAUGGAAAUCGACAAGCAUAUUUUGGAACUGGUGAAACAUUCAUAUUUAGUCUAUAUCCUGGUAAAGCAAAAUAUCCAUGGGUUGGAAUGGAAGUAAAUAAUGUUUUGCAUGCCAAUGAAUUAUUUAUGGCUGCAGACCAAAAAAUGAUUACAAUAGGAGGAGGGUAUUAUUAAUUACCUAUUUAUUAUAGUUCCAUUUAUGUAUACAAUUCAAUUAUAUUAAUAUAUUUUUAAUUUUAACUUAUAUUCUAGUGAUGGACAAGCUAUUUGGAUGGAUGAAAAUGUUAGAUAUGGAAAAUCAGAAAAUUGUUCAACAUUUAACAAUCCCCCAUUAUGUAAAAGUCGUGACUUUGAAAUAAAAGUUCUUGAAGUUUAUGGAUUUGAUAGAAUGUAAGUAAUUUAUUAAAAUAUGAUUAAUCAAGAUCAAUUUGAAUAUAUGCUUAAACAAGUUGUGUUAAGUAUUUAAAUUAUAUUAUAUUAAUUUCUUCAAAUUUAUGGUAUUUUGUUUUUAAGAUAUUUAACAUUUUGUGAAUAUUUGUUUAGGUUACAAAAUUAUUUUUUAUGAAAUAAUAUAAAUUAUUAAAAAUGUACAACCAUUUUAUUUUUAGGAUUCUUUAAGAAACUCAGGAAAGAUGACAAGUUGACUAAAUUUUAUUAAUAUUCAUUGAUGAAUACAAUUUCUAUGACAAUUGCACUAUAAUUUUUAAAAUUAUUCAUGAAUUUUGUUGUAAAACAUGUUACUAAUUUGUUACUUAGCAAUUAUUAGGUGAAUGUAACAAUGUUUAUGAGUAAUAGACUCUUAUUGAAAAAUAAAACAUUUAACUAUUAAAUUAAUAAUUUUCUAUUGACUUGUUAGGUAAACUUAUACAACUCUUAUGUUUAUAAAAGAAUACUUUAUUAGUCAUUUAAAUUUAUACCAAUAAAUAGUAAUUUAACAGACAGUGUGUUCACAAAUAUUAAAUAUUACUGUUGGAUUCACAGCUAUUCUUUCAAAUCAUUUCCUUAACAAGUUGACUGCCGAGCUGUUUUUAUUAGAGUGGUCCUUGCUUCUCUGAGUACCAAAAUUGGUCUUUGGUAUUCAGCUAUACUGUUAGUUACGCCAAGUCAAGUUUAUACAUUUUAUUAUGUGGAUGUUGGGUAUUUUUCAUUAAAAUCUAAUAAUAUUUCUAGCAGAAUAGUUUAUUUUUACAUCAAUACCAUUUUAGGUAUUCAAUGCCUAUUAUAAAUACCUACUCCCAACUCCAUAUUAUGUACAGUGUAUCAAGUCUUAUGUUUUAAGUUUUCCUGAUAAAUCUGAUAAAAUGGUAUUGGUAUCUGGAUGUUGUAUUGUGACAAGACCUAUAAUGACUACCUACCAAACUGUAUGAAUUAUUACCUCUAUUAUUGAGUUAACUCAUUAUCUUAUUAUCUCAUUAUCUUUUUAUAUUUAUAAUAUUUGUAUUAUUUAUUUAUUGCCCAAAACCAUACAAUAUAUUUUAUAUAUAUAUAUGGUAUUUAUGGCAGUUAACUUGUUAAGUAUCUUUAAGAAUUAAAUGUUGAUUAAUGGACCAACCAUUUAGUACUUUUAUAUGAUGACAUUAAAACAGUUUGAAAUUAAAAAUUUUAUCAUGAAACUCUUUAAACCUGUUUAAAAACAUCAAACCGGUUUCAAAAUUAAAACCACAUUAAGCAGUUUAAGAAACUAAAUCCCUUUUAAAGUUUAAUGCAGUUUAUCACAUGAUCAUAUAAAUGUGUUUUGUUGAAAUCUAAUCAAACCUUAUCAUUUUAUCAGUUAUUUGUUUUUUUGCAUUAAAUGUCUAAUUAUUACCUAGUGGCUAGUAUCUGCAUUUUAUACAUUAUUAGUUGUUAUGUACAAUUAAUAAUUGAAAUUAAAUUUUCGGUAAAUUUUGCAUUGUAAAGAAAAAUGUUUUAUAAUAAACAUUAAUAAAUAAUCAUAAUCAUUAAUAUUAUUAAUGAUUAAUUUGAUAAUAUUAAUUAUUAAAUCAAUAAUCAUUUGUUAAUUAAAUUAAAUUAUAAUAUAAUUUAAAAUAUAAAGAAAGUCCACAAACAUGAUUUGAAAUUACAAUCAUAAAUAUUAUCAAUAUUCUCAGAAUGUUAUUAUAUCUCUUGGAACAAAAUUCAAGUCAUAUAGAAAACAAUUAAAUUUAAAUUGGCUUGGAAAAUGUUCACUAAACUGAUUUAUUAUUAUAGAUAAAUAAACAGUUGUAGUAGAUAUUAAUCUAAACUGGUUUAAUUUCAAACUUGUUGAAUGUCAUCAUAUAACUGUUAGGACAAAAUAAUAACUGCUGGUCAUCAUUAGCAAAAACUUAAUGUCUUACACAUUGUUAGAACAGUCCUUUAUCUAUUUCUUAAUUUAUUUUAUAUUGUAAAUGAAAUGUAUUAAUAAAAAGAAAAAAAUCAUCACAAUUGUUUGAUAAAAAGGUUAAUCCUAUCAGUGUGUAAACCCUUAUUGAAUGCACAAAGACAUGCAAUUUGAGUUAUGGUUUUUUAGUGAUUUUUUUUUAAAAUUUUAAAAUUUAUUUUUAAUACCAACUGGUUACUGGGCUUCACUGAGAGGAGAGGAACUCAUGUUGAAGCCCAUGGCUAUCUUAUCAAUCAUUUCAAAAAUUCUUACAACAUAAUAUACAUUAUAACUAGGGCAUGAAUAUCGUUGCAUUUUCAACUUUUUUUCUACUUUUUUAAUUUAUUGCUAAGUAAGUUUUAAGUACUUUUCAUGCAAGUACGAAUUCAAAUCUAGAAGUUUUAAAUGUAAUGUUUUGCAAUUUUGUUGAAUUUACUUAUUUACACAACUAUUUUAGCCAUAAACACAAGGUAAUCAUAUAUAUAAGAUUAUAUUAUAAUAUUGCCAGCCAUAAAAAAUAAUAAUGGUAUCAUUUUUUUAUUUUGAUAAUUUCAAGUUGGUAGGUAUUCUAUACAAAAAUAAUUUUGAAAAGUGACUGUUUGACUGUUAUAAUCUGUUCUUCAAACACUCCGUGAAUUUUGAGUGAUCGUGUUCUAUUAUUGUUUUGUAAAUAUGCCGAAAAUUAAGCUAACUAUUUCCAUUUUUGUAAAAAAAUUGUUCAGAUUUAAUGCAAUUUUUAAUAUUUUUAGUGCAAUUUUCAGUAUUUUUUGUGACAUACUGCAAUCAAUUUCAAUAGUUUUUUAAUAUUAUAAUAUCCAUGCUCUAAUUAUAACAUAACAUAACAAAAAUAAUACUUCAAUAGACAUAUAAAUAUAAACAGAAGAUUAAAAUAUUAUUUAAUAUUAAGUUAUUGCUAGUAUACUUAGUAAUUUACCAAAAUAUACUCAGAUUUUAGCAUAUUAAAAUUCUUGAAAAAAUUAAAAAUUAUUAAUAACUAAAAUAGGAGUUUUCAUUUAAGAAACAGAGGUUGAAAGUGUAUGUGCAUAUCUUAUCAAUAGUAAAAAAAUAUCUGAAUGGAUGAACAUUUGCAUUACUAAGUCUAACAACCAACUAAAAAACAAAAUUAAAAUUGCAUGGAUCUGUACUAGGGUAUUGAGUGUUCUCAAUUAGUGUUUACAUACUAUUUAUAAUACAUAAUAUAUUUAUUAUUUUUAUAUAAAAUAUAAUACAUUCAUUGUAUAAAACCAGUGGCGUAAGUUAGCCGAGUUGUUGCUAAAGUUCUUUAUUCAUAAAAAGUUCCAAAGUCAAAAUAUCAUCAAGAAUUUUAUUUCUUAUUGAUUUAUUCAAAUAAUUAUUUAUUAUAUUUAAACAAAUUGUUUUUUUUUUUAUUUAUGUAUUAUAAAUAAAGAUAAAAAUAUUGUUCAUAGCUGUUAUUAGUAACAUAAUAUGAUCUCUAAUCAAAAAUAUCUAUCAACUAGCUAUUGUUCACAGUUAAUAGACAAAAUAUAAUAUACUAUAACAUGUCUUAUUAUUGGGAGUACAACUAGUAGAUAAUGAAUAACUUAAAAAUAUGUGAGCAUAUUACUAAUAGCAGUAGAUAAAUGUUUGACAAAUAAUUUUGCUGUCCAGAGCUUACAGAAAUACUGUUUCCAUGAACAACAAUUUUAACAAAAACUAUUAUAAAUAAUUACUAAUUAUUUCAAAAUAAUUUUAAUAUUGAAGAAAUAUCAAAGGUCACAAAACAAACCUUUGAACCUCGAUAUUUUAUUAGGGGCCUUAAGUGUGCCCCAGUUUACACCACUGGUUUAAUUAAUUAAUUAAUUAGUAUACUUAUAUUUUUGUAAGCAUAAUUACAUAUAAAUUAAUUUGGAUUAUUAUAUAAUUUGAGUUACAAAUUUUGACUAAUUUUAUAAUUUUUUAAGGUAGUAAAUUUAUUUUUAAUUCUUCUAAUUAGAAUUUAUUUUAAAUUUUGUUAAUACAUUAAAAUAAUUAGUUAGAAAUAAAAACGAAUUUGAUGUAGCUAUAUUAGUUUAUGACUUUAAUUCUACAAAUAUUACAAGUUUUUUUAUCAAGUAAAUUGUGAGAUUAUUUUAAAUUAUCUAUAUUUUAUUAUACAUUUAUAACAUAUUAUUAUGUAAUGUUACUAUAAUUGGUUGGCUUAUACUAUUGUAUGCAUAAUGUAUAUUAAUAUACAUACAUAUUGCAUACAUUAAUAGUAGUAUAAUUGUUUAUCUAGAAAUUUUAAACUAUUAUGUAUAGAAUAUUGUUUUGGAAAUAUCAUAUUAGCUAUAAUCCUGUGUUUUGAGUGUGAUCAUUACAUCUUUUAUGAAAUUGAAUUUUUAAUAUAAUUGGUUGGUAAAAAAAUUUUAUUACAAUAAUAAUAAUAAUAAUAAUGAUUAUUAAAAAUAACAAUAUUUAAUAGUGGCUGAAUUUUUUCAUCUAGCUUUUUAGUUUAAAAUAUUGGUACUUAUUGAUCAAACCUAUUCUUUAUGAUAAAAAUAGGAUAUAUGUUAACUAAUUUAUUAAGUUUUUUUCAAUAUUAUAUACUAUCAAUAACCUAAUGAAAAUAUUGUAAUUUAAUUGUGAAUGUAUGUUCAGUUUCCGGUAAAAUUGUCGCAACAUUCUUGUAUAAUAAAUUAUAUAGUUAAUGAUUUUCUAUUACAAAAUAUGAUUGAAAUUUUAUUUGUUAAUAAAAUAAUAAGAAUAAUUAUAAAAUAUAGUUUUAUUUUUGACAUACAUGUAAUCAAAUUAUCUAAAAGAAAUUUAAUAUUUUAAAAUUGAUAGUCGAAUUUAUAAUAUAUAUAUGUAAAGUUUUAGGCCGUACCAUUAACUCAUUCUAUGUUGCGACUUCUAUACCAGAAACUUCAAUUCCAUUCAAAUAUGUGUACAGUAAAUACGGUUUUAAAUAUUAUUUUAUUUUUUAUUAUGUAUUAUAAAUAUUAUUAUUGUAAUCUAGUCAACUGAUAAGUUUAAUGAACUUAAUAUUAAUAUUGUGUCCAUAAUUUAGAUAUUUUUUAAUCUAUAAUAUUAUACGCUGUUAUACCUUUUAUCUAUAGGCGCAACUAGGGAAGGCCUGGGUGGGAAUAACUCACCCAGUUUUGUCUGUAGCUCAUCCAGUUUGAUAAAAUUUAUAGUUCCUAUGUGUAGUUUAUGAAAAUUAAUAAUUUUGUCCACCUACAAAUAAAGUUCUAGUUGCGCUUAUGCUUUUAUCUCUAAUUAUUUUAUAUUGGUGCCAUCUGUGAUAUUGUAACAUUAUAAUACCUACUAUAAUCUGUAUGUUUUUCAUCUACAUUUAUAUACAUUUCAAUUAUACCUUUAACUUUUUUAUGUAUUGUAUUUCUUUAGUUAAAUAUUUAAAAUAUGUACUACACUGUUACAUAUGUAUCCAUUAAAUGCUGCAUAGAUUUUUAUUAAGCUUCCAAUAAAUAAAUGAUUU